GCCGCUGUCAGCUGCGCCGGAAGUUCCUGGCCUGGCCUGGUGGUAACCUUGGAGUCUAAGCCGGUGGUCUGCCGCCGCCGCGGGGUGGGCUGUGAGAGUCGGAGCUUCAGCCGGGGCCAGGCCUGUUAGGUGCCAGGGGCCGCCGGGGUUGCCCGGGAGUUCGCUGAGGAUCGCGGGGAGCAGGAACUGCGGGCGCAGGGCCGCCCAGCCGACAUGUCUCUAGUUGCGGAAGCCUUAGUGUCCCAGAUCGCAGAGGCCAAUGAAGUUUCCUCUCCGAGCAGCCCAAUAUUGCCAUUUGCUGGGUCUCCAGCUUCACUGACACAUUUUUAAGGCUGCAUGAAUUUUUUGAAACACCUUUGACUUGACGGACUGAACAUGGCUGUGCUGCAGAACCUUGGCCUGAAAAUGCUACAUUGUAUCAGCAACUGAAAGGGGAGCAAAUUUUGCUUUCUGACAAUGCAGCUUCUCUUGCUGUGCAGGCCUUUUUGCAAAUGUGUAAUCUGCCUAUCAAAGUGGUCUGCAGGGCAAAUGCUGAAUAUAUGUCUCCAUCUGGUAAAAUACCUUUUAUUCAUGUAGGAAAUCAAGUAGUAUCAGAACUUGGUCCAAUAGUCCAAUUCGUUAAAGCCAAGGGCCAUUCUCUUAGUGAUGGGCUGGAUGAAGUUCAAAAAGCAGAAAUGAAAGCCUACAUGGAAUUAGUCAACAAUAUGCUGUUGACUGCAGAGCUGUAUCUUCAGUGGUGUGAUGAUGCUACUGUAGGAGAGAUCACUCAUGCUAGGUAUGGAUCUCCCUACCCUUGGCCUCUGAAUCAUAUUUUGGCCUAUCAGAAACAGUGGGAAGUCAAACGUAAGAUGAAAGCUAUUGGAUGGGGUAACAAGACUCUGGACCAGGUCUUAGAAGAUGUAGACCAGUGCUGUCAAGCUCUUUCUCAAAGACUGGGAACACAACCAUAUUUCUUCAAUAAGCAGCCUACUGAACUAGAUGCACUGGUAUUUGGCCAUCUGUAUACUAUUCUUACUACACAAAUGACCAAUGAUGAACUUUCUGAGAAGGUGAAAAACUACAGCAACCUCCUUGCUUUCUGUAGAAGAAUUGAACAACACUAUUUUGGCAAAGGCAGCUCAUCUAUCAGAUUGUCUUAGAGUUAUGUGUCAAUUCAGUUAUUAUUAAAAAAUUUAAACUUUUGAAAUAUGUGUUACUUGAAUGAUGUAAUAGAUAAUAGUAUGAGAAUUCAAAGCCCAAAAUACUGCUUUUCAAAACCUCAGAACAAAUUAUGUAAUGUAUCAUAUACAUGUCCUUUAUACUAUUACUUGUGUAUACAUUAAAAUAAUUUUAAAUGAUUUCAUUUGAUAUGUUGUACCCCGUAUCUUUGAAAUUUUUGUUUUUUUGACACUUGUAUGCAUAUAAAAAUAAAGCUCAAACAACUA